GGCACUGGCAUGCCGCUGGGGACCCCGCUUCCGCCGCCGCCGCGCCCGCGUCUCGGCUGGCCCGCGCCUCGGCGCUGUGCGCGCGGCAUCAUGCCAUCCACCGCGGCGGGCCGCGGGCGCGGGGCGGCUCUCGGGGGUGCGGCGAGGGGCUGCGGCGUCCGGCCUCCCGAGGGGCUCGCAGAGAGCAUGAACCGGGCGGGGUGCACUCACAGUCCUCGCGCCUCGCCGCUGCUCCGCCCGGAAAGUCCCUUCGGCCCGGCCACCGCUGCCUUCCUGGGCAUGGCCCGGCCCGGCCCGGCGCGGGGUGGGGAAAGCGGGACGGGGACGCUGGGAGUUGUCCUUCCUUCCUUCCUCUCUUUGAAACCGAAAUCCUUUCCUCGGGAAGACGCGCGGGCUGCGCGCUCCGGGCCGCCCCGGGCUCUGCGGCGCACGUGGGCUUCAGACGCCGCGACUCUGGCGGGCGGCACCGUCCUGCGUCGGCGGCCGCUCCGGGCACAUGUCCAGCCGCCCGGCCGGGGUGGGGAACGGCGCGGCGGCUGCUGCGGGCGGAGGGUGUGGUCCGCGGAGCCCUCGGCGGGCUCUGGGCUCACAGAGCGCGGCCCGGCGCCGCGGCACGCCCUCCCCACGCGCGCGCGUCCAUCCCGAAGACCGGCUGAGCUCCCCCGCGGCCCCGCGCCCCGCGCAUCGGCGCCCCGCGCGCGUCCCCGGCGUCCCCGCUCAGCAGGUCCCCGCAGCGAUGAGGACGUCGGCCCGGGUCCCGGCUCCUGCCAUGUUCGUCGCCCGCCACCAACUUCCGAGCGCGCGAGAGAGCUGGAAGGAAGGGCGGGACGAGGCCGGGGAGCGCGCCCGCCUCCGCCCGCUGUCCCCGAGCGCGGCCAGGCGCCGCCGCUCCUCCGCUCCGCGCGCCGCACCCCGGAGCCUAUAGAAAUCUUUUGUGUGGCGUCACCGCCUUUCGUUUAAAUCCCGCUUCCUCUUCUCGCCCUUCCUCCGCCCCCUCGCCGCUCCCGGAUGCUUGCGCGAGGCUCUGCUCCUCCCCCGGGAAGCGAGUGGCCCGGAGGACGCCGCUGCCCCCCCCACACACGCUGCGCAGCCCGGUUCCGGGCCUCCCGUGGUGCCCGGUGGAGGAGCUGGGGCUCCGCGCGCCCUCGGGGACCCUGGCGCAGCCGCCCGCUGGCCUUACCUAUCAAGACAGACGGUCAGAUUCCUUGAGGGACUUCGGAAGGUCAGGAGACAGCAGAAGCCCAUCCCGCCUCAGCCUCUGGCUCCCUCAGACCAAGAACUGCAUGAAGUGGCUGGCUAGGAGCUUCCUCUGCACAGGAGACUAGGAUGAGUUGCCACAAGCCGAGCAGCUGCCUGGAGCGGACCCCUCAGAGCUGUACUGGAUGUGUUGUGAACACAAAGUGAAUUUUUGUUGUGUGAAGCCACUGAGCUUUGAGCAUUGUGUUGUUGCAGCAUAAUUUAGUAUAAUUUGAGAAUAGGAGAGGCCUUAUUUAUCAUGUCUUUUCCUAGAGUCACUGGGUUAACAGCUUUCUAUAGAAAACGCCACCUUAUCACCCCCUCUCUCUUUAAAAUUAAAAGAAACAAAAAUACCAUGCAAAGUAUGUGCUAUGGUAUUAACCUCCCCGUUCAUAUUUUCAGAAUCACCCAUGUGAUGGUGUUAAGUGGUGGGGCCUUCGCGUGGGCGGGGGGGGGGGGCGCAGUGCUGAAGAUUUGAGGGUGGAGCCUGCGUAAAUGGGAUUAUGCACCCAUGAAAGAGGUGUGAGGGAGUUGUGCACCCUUUUCCUUUCGCCCUUCUGCCGCAUGAGGAUGCAGCAACAAAGCACUUUGUAUGAAGAAUGGGCCCUUGCCAGAUCCUGACCCAGUAAGCACCUUGAUCUGGGACUUCCUACCCUCUAGAAUGGUGGUGGCAAACCAAUGGCAUGCGUGCUAUACUGGGCUGUUUGUAUCAUUGAAAGCUCUAAAAGGAUCACCAUCACUGCUCUAGAACUUCAAGAAAUAAUUUUCUGUUGCUUACAAAUUACUCAGCCUGUGACAUAUUUGUUGCAGCUGCCAACAUAAUAGAGUUGGUUGAAAAUUAUUCAAUGAAUACUGAGGCUAGUUCAUCAGGGUUGGAUGUGAAGAGGCUGUUUCCAAAGUCUUGAGUAUCUCCGGAUAAAAACCAUGUAUCCUAAAGAGGAAAAUAGUUGUGAAGAUGAUGGAAGUUUCAGUUAGUUAUCAUGAAUGGACUCAAUAUUCUUCACUUCCAUGGACAUCAUGAGAACAAACCUGGAACAGGGGACUGAGUGCUAACUGGGGGAGGUAAGCAGAACAGACAGAAGUGGCUGGGGCUGCACAGGGAGUGACCUGGCUCCUGACUCAUCCUCAGUGCUGGAUGGAGGCCCACAUUAAGUAGACAUCUGAUAAAGAAGCAAAAGAGCCAGAUGCAAAGAGGGAACUGGCUGAGGGUUUAGCCAAGAAGGGCAUUGCUGCCAGAGUUUGGGAGUGGCAGGAUUGGAAGCCCCCUAACCCUCUCACCUGUUCCAGAGGGAUAUCCACCAAAUGAACUUCAAGCAGGUAUAUGAGAACAAUUACCCUCUUUUCCCCUAGCACCCAUCAUUCUACUUUCUGUCUCCAUGAAUCUGAUUCUAAAAACCUCAUUCAAGUGCAAUCAUAUUUGUCUUUUUGUGACUAGCUCAUUUCACUUAGCAUAAUGUCUUCAAGAUUCACCCAUAUCCUAGUAUGUGUCAGGAUUUCCUUUCUGAAUAAUACUCCAUUAUAUGUCCUCUGUGUUCUGAUACUCAGCUUUCACCCUGCACUCAGACUUUGUGCACCAACAACCAGGCUGUGCUGGGCACACACUGCCACCUGGUGGUCAGUUUGUUCCUCACCACACCUCUUCUUAAGGCCAGUGGCCCUCUGUUGUGUUUGUGCUCUCCAUGGGCCAUUUCCAUCUCCAGAAUUUCUUGCAAAUAUGCAAACAUCACCCUUUAUUGCUGUCCUUUCAGUAUCUGUAGAAUAUAAUUCUACCCCUCCUAUUUUAGCCACACAAGUAUGACUGAAAGUCCUUGGUUCACAUGGGACCAGUCACUGUCCUUAGCUGGUGUGUCCUGUUUCCUGGCAUAUUUUGUUCCCAUCCAUUAAGAGCAUGCAUGAGGCAGGACCUCACCCACUACUUCACCUCCCCACUCCCACAGCCAGCUGCUGCCUCCUUGGCCAGCUGGAGAUGGGAUGAGAGGGAGGCUUAUGUGUUUCCUCAUCAGAAACACCUGAGAACUCAGGUCCCAAGACCUGGGAGAUCUGGAGUGUUCUUCUGUCACUUGCCAGCACACCUUAUGUGGAAGUGAAGGUUGCAUGCAUAGAUUAAUAAAUUCUGUGUCCUCUUUCUCUAGUGGCCAGUGAUCUCUGGAUAGUUUCCAUUUUUCAGAGCCUUGGAGAAGAGAAAUGAGUACUAGGAUUCAGGCACCCUAGACUCUGAACACAAAUCAUGCCUGACCACUUUUGGAUCUCUCCCAGUGUACCACCUGGGCAAUAACCAGAGUAGAAGGAUUUAUUGUCACUUCCCUUGGAGCCUCUGGUCCCCUUGGGCAUUUCUGACCCCUUGUGUCAAUUGGUGCAGCACACACAGCUUCAGUGUCACUACUGGCCUCUUGAGUUUGUAAUGGAUGGUGUAACUCUGUCCCCACAACUUGUUAUCUCUUGAGGGGAGGGACUUGAGCCAGGUGUGGUGGUUCAUGCCUCUAAACCCAGUACUCAGGAAACUGCAGCAGGAGGAUCAUGAGUUUGAGGCCACGCUGAACUACAUAGCGAGACCUUGUCUCAAAAAAUAAGAAAGGACAGGAACUUGAUCUACUGGUGCUCACAUCUAAGGUAUUGCAUGGUCAUCAAUAAGUGGUUAUAGAAUUCAUUCAUUAAACCUCUCUGCAGAUAAAAA